AAACUACAAACACUGAACCAAUAAACAACACUCUCUAAACCCCAUGGCUUCUUCAUGCAUAAUCACCGUAACCGUUUUCAUCGCUACCGUCAUAAUUGCCGUGAACGGUUGUUCUCCGUCAGACAGGACAGCACUGUUAUCCUUCAAAGCGGCACUCAAGGAGCCUUACCACGGCAUCUUCAACUCAUGGUCCGGCGAAAAUUGUUGCGUCAACUGGUACGGCGUUAGCUGCGACUCCACCACCGGCCGUGUCACUGACAUCAACCUCCGCGGCGAGUCAGAGGAUCCAAUGUUCGUGAAAUCCGGCCGUUCAGGCUACAUGACAGGGAAUAUCUCACCUGAGAUCUGCAAGAUCGAUCGUCUCACUACUCUCGUUGUCGCCGACUGGAAAGCCAUCACCGGAGAGAUUCCUCAGUGUGUCACUUCUCUCUCUAACCUUCGAAUCCUUGACGUGAUUGGAAACAAACUCACCGGAAAAAUUCCUUCCAACAUCGGAAACUUACAACGCCUUACUGUUCUUAACCUCGCCGAUAACUCAUUCUCCGGCGAGAUUCCGUCCUCGAUCGUCGACCUUGCUUCUCUGAAACACCUCGACUUAAGCAACAACGCUCUCACCGGUUCAGUUCCCGCUAAUUUUGGAAAACUCCAAAUGCUAAGCCGCGCGUUGAUGAACCGGAACCAACUCACCGGUUCAAUUCCGGUUUCGAUUUCAAAAAUUUACCGGCUCGCUGAUUUGGAUUUGUCAAUGAACCGGUUAACCGGUUCAGUUCCUUCUGAACUCGGCAAAAUGCCGGUUCUUUCAACUUUAAAUCUGGAUAGUAACUUACUCUCGGGUCAAAUACCUUCUAGCUUGUUAAGUAACUCGGGUUUGGGUAUAGUGAAUCUAAGUCAUAACGGGUUUUCGGGUACCAUACCCGAUGUUUUUUGCCCGAAAUCGUAUUUCAUGGUUUUGGAUAUGUCUUUUAACAAUUUGAACGGGCGGGUACCCGGUUCGUUAUCAUCGUCGAAAUAUAUCGGGCAUUUGGAUCUUAGCCAUAACCAUUUGUGUGGACCUAUACCAUUGGGUUUAGGUUCAACUUUUGAUCAUCUUGAAGCGUCGUCGUUUAAUAACAAUGACUGUUUGUGUGGAAACCCUUUGAAGACUUGUUAAUAAUGUGGGUUAAACGGUGACCCGAAAUAAGUGAAUUACCCUAUUCGUAAUGAUAUACUACAACUCUAGAAGCUAUUAUGAAGUAAUGAAGAUAAAGUGUGAAUUUUUUUUAUAUGUAAAAGUUUUUGCUUUAUGAAGUAAUGUAAUAUGAUAUAUUGUAGUGGUAAAGUUGAAAUGGAAAAAUAUAAGUUUGUUGAAAGGAGCUUAUGCAUUUGAAUUUGAAUGCUAGUGCAUAGGCUAAAUUGAAUCUACAUGAAUGUUUCUUUUAUGCAUGUGAGCUUUCUAUCCCAAUGUAAUAAAAGAUUUGGAUAGUGAUCCCACUAUUACUCUACCACAUCAAUUCUAAUUGUUUGAUAUAUAAAUAUAUUAUCACUUCAUGGUUUAA